AGGGAUGGGUUACGUAUUCAAAAGGUAGGCUGUACAUCACGACAACAACUCCGUCCUCAGUAGGAGUCCGAGAUCACUAGCAGCUACCUGGCCCCUUUCCGAACAAUCUCUCGCUAGUGGGAUUCUACGAAGGAGCUCCUGGGCUCAUACGGAUCCAUACCACCGAUUCACACCGAUCCAACCUAGAGCCUUAGGCUGCCACUUCCCACAGAUGAUGCGCACCUGUUGCUUGUUGACCAAAAAGGCCAGCUUUGUCCACGCGACCACGCUUGUCACACCAUUUUCACUCACUCCGAGCAACUUGAUCCGCUCACACUAUUCACACUACAUCUCCAUGAGCGUAUCCCUUUGAAGCUUGCCUUCACGAAUGAGUCGCUUGGAGCCCUUCAUGGGUCCUUACGGGCUUGUGGAGCUUGAAGAAGGCGCUGCCUUUCCGCAUUUCAACGACGGCGAUGUCCUUGUCGUUAUCAGUGGAGCCCGUCAAUACAAGCUCCACAGCAGCCUGCUCAGGGGCUCCUCCAUCUUCUUCAGAAUCCACCUACGUGAUGAGUGGGCUGCCAAGCUGUGUACGUGGGCUACUGACAGGGGCGUCACCACGAGGUAUCGCUUCGAGCUGCGCGAUUCCGAAGACGAUCCGGUCAGCGACAGCGAAAUUCCGUACAAGCUCCAAAUGACAGGACUCGACGAAAUGGGUCGUCCGAUCAACGCGCUCGUCGGUUUCGGCCUAGAUUUGGAGAACGGCGUUGCGAUUGACCCACACUACGAAGCAUUCGAUAUCGUGCUUGCAGCCAUCUACUCCAUGCCAAUCAGAUUCAGCUCGCAGCUGCCCGACAUCCUUCCCAUCGCAAUCAAGGUCGUAGACGUGGCGGAAUAUCUCAACUGCAUCGAGGUCGUCAAAAGCCACAUUGAAGCUGCCAUCCUUGCCACCACCCAGACUCUGUACCAGUCCAUCGCCAAUAAGCCUGUUGAGUGGCUGAAGUUCGCCGUCCGCAUGAAGUCUCGGGUCAUCUACCGCGAGGGUCUCAUCCACGGCGUCGGUCAGUUUUACAUUCCUGGCGUGGUCUUCAACAACGCGCAUAAUGGGGAUGGAGGGUUCGUCGCCCAUCUCGAUGCUACGACCGCUGAGCAGCUCACCUACAAGGCCGAGCGUGCUAAAUAUCACGUCAUUACCACCCUGAAAAAGCUUCUCUCCUAUUAUCAGGACCAUCUCUUCAAGGUCAACGACGGCGACGGGGAGAGCAUCAGCAAGGGCCGCUACAGCAGUGACAUCUUCGGCUGGAUGGCACUUACGCUGUUCCGUCAGUGGCUUACCACCAACAUCUCCGCUAUCACAGAAGCAUCUAAACCCAUUCCGGACAUGGGAUUCGAAUUGUGCUCGAGGUUGGCGUAUGGCAAUCGAGGUUACGCUGGUUACGGCUACCUUGACACAGCGGCUAUCAACGAGUUCAACAAGGACUUCCCUAUGAGCAACAAGGGUAUUGCAGCCUUCCGCGACCAGCUCGACAUCAUCAAAGACGACGUGGCAGGCAUUGUCUCGCACCUCAUGAUCAACGAGUCGAACGUGAAUCUGUCGCUGGUAAGGCCGGAGAUCAAGUACUUUCUCUUCGAGUCGCCGCAUGAGCUCGACUAUCACUUCGCUUGAGUCGGUGUAGAAGAGAUAGCUAUCGUGACCAUAAGCACAUAUGAGUAACGACCAAGAGUUGGGGAUGGGGCACGGCAGGCUGAUUAGCUCGAAGUGAAGGUUA